UCCAUCUCAUCCUCGACCUUUCUAUCCCCUCUCAACAAAACACUAGUUUGUAUGUCACAAACUUAUCAAGAAAUGGCAAGACCUCUUGACUCGUUUCCUCCUCCAACUCAACUCACCCACCAUACUCGUUAUCGUCCUCCUUGGCUCAGUUGCUCAAUGCCCAUCUCGCCAAAUUCCACCUGCUUCAGCUUCAUUCCUCACAACAAACAACGGACUAAAGCUUUUGCAGUUCCAAGGAGAAAUGCAAUGGCAUUGAUCUUGUCAAGUUACAUUUUCUCAGAAGUUGGUUUCAACAAUAUUGCAUUUGCUCAACAGUCUGUUGGAUUCAGGGAAUACAUUGAUCAAUUUGAUGGGUAUUCAUUGAAGUACCCUCAGAAUUGGAUUCAAGUUCGAGGUGCAGGAGCUGAUAUAUUCUUCAGGGAUCCUUUUGUUCUUGAUGAAAAUCUCUCAGUGGAGUUGUCAUCUCCUUCGUCCUCAAAGUACAAGAGUGUUGAAGACUUGGGUCCUCCAGAAGAAGCUGGAAAAAAAGUACUUCAGCAGUAUUUGACUGAGUUCAUGUCUACUAGACUUGGCGUCAGGCGGGAAUCAAAUAUUAUUUCAACAUCCUCAAGAGUCGCAGAUGAUGGAAAGCUUUAUUACCAAGUUGAGGUAAACAUCAAGUCCUACGCAAAUAACAAUGAACUGGCUGUUAUGCCUCAAGAAAGAGUAGUUCGUUUGGAAUGGAACCGGCGGUAUCUGUCCGUUCUUGGUGUUGAAAACAACAGACUGUAUGAGCUAAGAUUACAGACACCAGAAAAUGUAUUUGUAGAAGAGGAAAAUGAUCUUCGCCAAGUCUUGGAUUCCUUCAGAGUGAAUAAAGUGACUGUUUGAAUAGAUGAGUUCUUAUAGAUUUAUCCAACAUUUUGUACGUUGGGAUUCAUUGUUUUUGUUGUUGCCUUUGCUGCCUUCUUUAUUUUUUAUUUGGAAGUGUCAAAUUGAUAGUUAGAUCUACAUCCAAUGUCAAAUUUGUCUUGCAAUAGUGUUUUCUUCAUUGCAUC